GAUGGGCCCAAAGCGUGCCUCCAAAGCAUCCGCAAAGCCUAGUUCCGAAAGGACCAGUGUUCCAAAGGACUCGCUGAAGCCGAAGCCUUCCUUGUCUUCGCCGAAAGCGAGCCCGUCCGAGCCUCCACUAGCUGGGGCGGCUGAGCAAGCGGAUGAGCCGCCACAGAAAGUUGAUCCAAAUGAUCUUCGUCUCCUCCGAAGCCUUUUCCAUACCUUGCGCUUGCGCAUGGAGACAGCUGGUGCAGUGACCGUUGCCAGUUCAAUCAACCUUCAAGCUCUUCGCCAUGGUCGAGUGAAGAAGAUUGAAUUUGUGAGGUUCCCUCAGGCGGAGACGAAACAGCAAAGUACACAGUUUCUACAAGCAGUUCUGCGCAUGCACAUCGCUCGUUCAGAAAUGCUGUCAGCUGUGGCCUCACCGUGGCUACCAGCGCUUCAGGCGUUGGCUCGACGACGCUUGGCCCUUGGCCCAACUUUGGAUGCUGCUCGUCAGCGCCGGGAGAAUGCUGCGGUGGAGAUCCAGCGCCGUGUGCGGGGAACGACAGUGAGACACAACAUGGAUGCAGAGAACUUGAUACUGGCCGUGCUGAAGGCCGCAAAAUGGCGCAAAGCGAUGGCUGACUUCUCUGUUCAACAGGCAACUCAGCACUUGCAAACUCAGCGGCGAGCUUGUGUGGCGCAGCGUGAAGUGCAAGCAAUGAGGGAUGAGAAAAAGGACGAGAGCCUGAUCCGCUCCAUUUUCCAGAGCCUGAUGCAAAGACAAAGGCUCAGCGAGCGCGCAGCUUCAGCCGCAGCACAGACACUUCAGCAGGGGAGGCGAUCCCAGAUUUCCCGAAGGGAGCUUGCAAAUAGGCAGCAGGAGCACAAGGAUACACAGCUGCUUGAUGCAGUUCUUCGCACUGUGUACUGGCGGGUAAAAACUGCCCACUCUGUGGCAGUACACUCCGCUGUAAAACUGCAGACUUUGCAGCGCGGACGGGUGGCAACUAUUGAGAUGACGAGGAUGCGUGAAGCUGCGGAAUGCUUUUCUGUACUGGCUCCGGCAUUGCGCUGUCUAGUCCUGCGCAUUCGUUUGGCCAGCCUGGAGGAGUUGCAGGCUGCAAGGAAGCUGCAGACGGCUCUCAAGGUUGCUGUCGCCAAGCGUCGAAACCACAAUGCCUGCGUUGAGCGAUUGCAGCGAUAUCUCGUCGGCUUGGAAAAGAAGAUGAAAGCACAGAGGCUGCUCGGGAAGCUUCAUGCGCAAAGGCGUGCUCGCACGUUGCCUCGGAGCUUGAUGCGCGUAGCCUUGAAGGCAGCGCACUUGCGGAAGAAGCUCGCAGAGCAUCGGGAGCACCACGCAGCCACAACCAUCCAGGCCCGUGCACGUGGUGGCUUUCACCGCAACAAGUGCAACGAGGUGCAGAAUGAUCGAGCAUUGCGGACCAUCAUUUGCGCUUGUAGGCGCUUCGCCGUCCAACAUCGGCUGGUGGCCAUGCAGCAACAGAAGCAGAUGGAUGAUGCCUUGGAACUAUGGCAGUCAGUACUGGAAACCUUUAAGGAGAGGGCCCAAUUUGCACCUGAUUUGCUAUACAACCGCGCGAGUCUGAAAAUUGCCUCAAUGUGGCGUGGUGUGAAAGGCCGGCGAGAGAUGCGGAGAAUCAGGCUGGAACGUUCUGCUCAAAAGGCGUCCGAUUGCUUCAGGGGGUUCCUCCAAUGCUACAAAGCACGGGAGAUGCUGAUGACUCGGGGUGCAGAAUGUCAUCGCUCCGGCAACAGGAUGCUGUUGUGUGGUGCUUUGAAGACCCUGAAACUUCGGAUGCUCUUCAGCCAGAAAGUGGAAGAAGAGAGAAAGAAAGCUGCAAUGGAGGUCUUGUCUCGAUAUGUUAGAGGCAUCUACCUCCGGACUGGCCGAGUCUUUGACUGGGAGGCUUAUUCAAGAAGAACCGGACGUCGUGUCACCGACGAGAUGCGAGUGAAGAUGCUGGCCGACCAGGCUGAGGUUGACCUGGUGCAGCGAGUUCGCCGGCACACUAGGCAAAUACGCUUGGAAAUUGAAGAUGAAAGGCGGCAGAUAUGUCACAUGGCCGCCUUGCAGCUGCAGCGAAGUUGGCGAGCGCGUCAGGCUCGGCUGCAGCAGCUUCUUCCCCGCCUUGCAGCUCGCUUGGCUGCGGAACGACGCAUGCUGGUCGAAAUGCAGCGACAGGAGGGGCAGCAAUGCUCCACCUUUUCCAGUGGGUGCUUGCGGCCAAUUCAUGCACAGCUGAUGACAGCCCGACCACAGCCUCCGCAUGGCUGGUUGACAUGCAUGGCGGAGGUGCAGGAAAGCAUUGCUGACGUGGCCGCAGCAGAUUCAUUUGCACUCGUGCUGGGGCAAAGCGGCGCCGUGUAUUGCUUGCCGAGCCAUGGGGGCUGUGACUUCAUCGGAUCUCCAGAGGUUCUCGAGUUGGCCGGGCCCUUCGUUCUGCAGCAUCAGCGCUUCUUGGCACAGACCCCAAAGGUGCUGCAGAUCUCAUGCGGUUUGCACCACGCAGUACUUCUUGCGGAUGGUGGGUUGGCCUUUGCAUGGGGCCUGAAUGACUCUGGGCAGUGUGGUGUGGGCUGGCCCAGGCCAAAGGCACUGGAGCAACAGGUUGUGGCGCAGGCGACCUGCCUUCAACCGUGGGCAGCGCAUUAUUCCGCAACAACGGAGGAGAUGCGCCUCGCUGGUCUGCUCGAGCCACAAAGAGGUGAUUCCUUAGCAUCUGCCUGCACUUCUGGUGCUGUGCUGCCACGGCUUACCAGCCUUUGUGCGGGGCCUCGUAUCACCUUGGCGCUGGAUGCUGAGGCGCAGCUGUGGGCCUGGGGAUCUUCUUCUGGUGUUGGCUUGCCAUGCUACAUGCCACAAACAGCACCACGAGCUCCACCAUCAAGAGGCACACUGCGCGCGACAGCUGGGGGCCGAAAAGUGCUGACAGCUUGCCCUUUCCUUUUUUUCCAGCUCAUCAAGAAUUCGAAAUCUGACACAGCGGCAGCAAAGGCAGAGCUGUCUACGGAUGGAGUGGCUGCUGGAAAGCCUCGCCCACGUAUGGACGACCAGCUGCUGUCCGACCUCGAUCUGCAGGAAGUUGCGGGAAACGUGCUAGUCCCAACGCUGGUGUGCAAUGUGACGCUUUUGGAAGGAAAUGCAUUGUCGUCUGCGCAGACAGACACCGUUCUGCUCCACAAGGGUGCGCAGCCACAGGCGAUUCUAUCACCAGCCUGGGGUGCAGGUGGUGCACGCUCAGAGAGUGGGUUCGCUUCGAUUGCUUGUGGCCAUGCCAACUUCGCUGUGACCAACCGUGGAGUUGUUCACAGCUGGGCCGGUAGCCAGGAUCUACUUCUGGCACGUUCUGGUGGCGGGCUGCCAGCGCCUGUGCCAACGUUUGCGCGACUAGCUGCGUGUGUCACUAGCAUCAGUGUGGGUUCAGACCACGCUGUUGCUCUGACAGCUCAUGGACGUGUCUUCACCUGGGGACAGCUGGAAGCUUGCACCAGUACAGAGCGAUUUCAACGCCGCAACAUUGCGCAGCCGCUCUGUGUGGAGGGGCCUUUGCGUGGAUUGAAGAUCAGCAAGGUGGCGGCUGGUCGCAUCUCCAGUGUUGCUGCGAUUCAAGACGCCGAAACACUUCUGGGCUGGGAUAUGGUGGAGCUGUUGACGGUGCAGGGGAAGGGGCAACUGGACCCUGCUAUCUACGAGUUCACUGCAGCUCAUGGCGAAUCCAACCAAGGUGUUUCGCCCAUGUCGCCGAAAAUGUCACCCAAAACUUCACCUACGAAUCGGCUGAAGUUGGCUGAGAAAGCCUGCACACCGACGACCAGAUCACCAACGUCUCCGAGCAAGAGCCCCUGUGCCUCUCCAACCAAAUCUGCUGUGCUGAACAAAGUGCAAAGGACCAAGCAAGAAGCUGGUCGGAGAUUGUGCAUUUGUCAUUCAAAGACGCUGCAGUUGGUCCUGGAUGAUCCAACCACCUGCAGGCAAAAUGUGCCCUUCUCGCGCCCAGAGCUUUUUGCUUGGGCUGCGCAGCAGGCUGCUACAGCUCAUAUCAGGAAAGAAGAGGAGGAGGAAAUGAUCAAACGGCGCUCUCUUGAAGAGAUGGCCGCCGAGCGAGUUGUGAUCAAGCGAAUGGGCAACUUUGCCUUGGUAAAGGUCCUUUGGUCAUUUGUAGAAUUCCGUUCCGCCGUUCCGUGCUUUUCCAGAAAAAAAAAGUGCUGAAUUCUACAGAAUCCUACAGAAACUCGACUCAGGAGGUGGCCAGGCCGCGAGAUCUCCUUGAGCUGGACCGAGAGAUCGGAAGAUAUCGAAGGCUAUCUAAUCCUCCAGCAGAACUACAGCACGGCAGAGGUGUCAAUUGAAUGGAAGGAGCAAAAACCACUUCUGUGAUUGAUUAGACUGGGAGCACAUCUUUUGUUGUACUGUAGAGGAUCGAUGCAGCUUGGCAAAGACCGGCUUGUUACAUUAGCGAUUCGAUUUCAAUCCUGGAGAAAAGAGGAGAAAAGCAGGUCCAAGAGCGGGACUGAACAGAUGUAACAUUGGAGUGUUGAGAUGCUGUCAAGAUUUCUGCGCACGCGGUUGCAGGGAGGCUGGUUCAUGACCCGACCUGUGUGAUUUUCGACGAU